AUGCCGUAUGUAACAAUAGGCAUUAGGGCAGCCUUCGUUACAGCACCAAUUUCAUGGUUUAUAAUCACCAUGCUUUUUCCCUUUAUCUCUCUUUUGCAUUGUUUUCUAUCUCCACUAGAAUGGUACAUAUGUUGUGAAUGUGAUGUCUCUUUGUUGGAAUCGGAGAUGAUGGGGGAGGAAAAGGGUGAUCGCGGUAUGAUACGCCUUUUACGAUUGCUCAUUCUGGUAGCAUAUAGUAAUAGUCUGCGAUAUUACCCAUCGACGAAGACCGGAAAUAUUGUCAAUAUUGAUGUGUUCGGGGAGAGUCGUUGUAUUCACACAACCAUGUGA